AUGUCUCUUACUGAAAGAAAGAACAAGUCUCAAAAGGUUGGUCUACUUGAUCUACCCAAUGAACUUCUCUUUUCCAUCAUUGAAGAUGAGGAUAUGUGUUGGAGGGAUCAUCUCAGAAUUCACCAGGUAUCGUCUCGACUCUUUCAGUUGACUUUCAAGCAUGUUUACGACGGGGAGCGAGAUAUCUUUCUACACGCUUGCUCUUCCGCCAAUCUUGAUCUUAUGAUUGAGUGUCUCAAACACCGCAACGUUCCCACCAGUCAUGUUUGGCACCAGCACGAAUGGUGCCUCACUCCGCUUGAUAUCCUUUCGUUUGCCUUUCAGGAUGGGGAUUGCUCGUCUGGUCAGUACAUCAAAGUAGCUGGGUGGCUAUUUGAUAACGGAUAUAAGACGGAUCAAAUCGUAUCCAGCAAGGAUGGAAUGAUAACUUCUCGUGUUGUCUCUCCCCUUUUGCUGACUAUGUUCUCAACUGCGACAGAUACGGAUGACCAUCGCGGCAUCUGCCAGGCAAUUGAGUUUCUUACUAGCAAGGGCCUGGGAUUUCCGGGUUCGUCUCAAAUGCUAAAAAGGGUGUCCCACAGAAAGAUGGGCGACCGCCGUUCAGGAUACCGGGCAUUUGCGCGUGAUUCCGGCAGCGAUAUGGAAAUGAUCUUGCAGUCGGCUUUCCCGCCAGCUCUGUUCGAUCUUUUCCUCAAGAACUUGUUCUCUGAUUUUGGACUGACUCUCCAGUCUCGUCUUGCUCCUAACCAUCUUCGAGACGACGUCUCCCCUUGCGAACAGACAAGACUCAACGAUCUGGUCCGAAUCCUUUUCGAUGACCUAUUUGCCCCCUGGAUAUACAAAGGAGAUAGCCCCAGUUACUUUUCCGAUACCUUUGAGGCUAAGAUAAAGUUGCUGGUAAAAAAUGACGGCAUUGCUGCCUAUGAGCAGCCGGCACUCGAAAGCAUCCUUGAAGCUCUACGCAGAAUCGAAGCAAGGCAGAGAGACAAUAAUGGCAGUCUCAACUUUGAACGUGACGGUACAUGGUGCUGGCGCGAGCUUUGCGUCUCCAUCAGCCAGACCCUGGUACCAGAUCACAGGCAGUACUGGAUUCGACAUUCUCUGGAGGACCCGCCACGAGAAAUUCACUUCGGCGUCGAGAGACGUGUUCAUGAGUUCGUACGCCCUAGAUCAUGGUAUCCCCCUGACGAUUUGAUCGCCGUGAGGUCGACUCUUCUAGGUCGACCUCUUCUAGGAGAUGCUCACGAUAAGCUCGAUCCGUCCUGGCUCGAGGAUCGCACCCAACAAGAUUGGGUCAACAUGCCCUUGGAUGCCUGGAACUUCAUACGUCUACAAGGGGGCUCGGGGGGCUCACGUCGAAGAAUCGUGCGACGAAGAUUGAACUGA